UAUGUAUAUAUAGUAACCACGUUAAGAAGGCAUUAUUAUUUAUUGUUUUCAACAUGUUCCCAUCUUCUAGCAGGGUUAAACUGAACCGAGCCGCGUUAAAAGACGUCGUUGAGCUAAAAGUAGUCCCGCGGCGGAGGAGAGUCCAUGUUACAGGUGACUCCCAAAGACAACAUGAAAACCACAAAGUCACCCAACUAUUCUCAGUCAAAGACAACAACAACAACAACAAAUCCACGUGUAGGAGCGUCCAAACUUUUUUACCACACCAAAUGGGCCCUGAAAAUGUGACCGGGUACAUCCCUGGAGGAGAGCCGGAGGAGACUGGCGUAGUAGACCUCGUUAGAAAGACUCACCCAAGCCUCACUGGACUUGCUAGUUCAGAAGGGUCUUUAAGAAGAUCUGUCCGAGACUCCGGCUGUGGUUUCAGCGAUGACUGCAUUUCCCCUCUGUGGAAGACAUCGGGUAAGCAAGGGCAAAAAGCCAGUAGCCCAGAAGAAAACACAGUCACCUCUAAGAAGAUUAUCCGGUGGAUCGACCCGAAGGUGACGCUUUGUGACGUUGCCCAAAUAUGUGAUGGUUUUAGUCCUGAUUGUCGCUACGUGUUACCGGAUCUUCUCAAGAACAAGGUUGUGUAUUGCUUCAAACAGGACAUGAGAGCUGGAUUCCAGUUCAGGCCCAGUUGUUUAGGGCAAAAGAAAAAUGAGGAAGGUGCUCUGGCUAAAAAUGGAGAAUGUUGUCCCAGGGUUCGCGUCUCUGAAGACCAGAGACACCUGAACGAACACACCAAUGCACAGUUGUGUCAUCAAUUCAAGAGUUGGCCCAGUGACGGCUCUGCAACCUGUUCUUCUUCCGUCUUACUAGGUGAACGUACAAAAAAGGGGGUCUGUAGGUCUGGCAUGUGGGACACAGAUGGUGAGGAGGAUCCUGGGUCAGGAUCUCGCCUCACAGGAGCCGAGAGUCACACAGCCAAAAAAAUAAAGCUUGGGGAAAGUGAUAAAGAUGGGUUUUUGCCAUCCGCUCCUAAUUUAGAACAGAUUUGUUGCAAAAAUGCAACUGCAAAAAACGACUUUAGAGACAAAGAGAAAACAUGCUUUUGGAUGUCUAAAAACAGUCUGUCAUGUUCAAACCAUGAAGCUGGGGGAAGCAGCACUCUUGGAUCAGAUUGUGUCCACAAGAAAUCUUGUGGCGAGAUGUGCAGUCUCUCAAAAACUGAUGCAGCUCACUUUUCUACAGAUCAGGACACCGAUGAACUAGAGUCAUUCACCUGCCAGAGAGUGAGGCCCUAUUUCAGGGAAAAUAACUUUUCUUGUGCACGCACAUACGUGUCCUGGCCUUUCUCUAACAGUGGCCAGACCCUUUGUACCGCAGCCUCUCCAGCAAAGUCUAUGGAUCCAUCGGAAAACUUUGACUCAAACCAAAAUCAGCCCAGCAACAUGCUCCCAAACGCACCUCAUGAAAUUGAAGAGAAGCGAAAGGAUGAUGGAGAAAACAUUUUAUCAGAGAGAAAUGGGAAAUCCCUUGGCAAUAUGUAUUCAUACUCCUCAGACAGCAAGAGCAUGGAGUUUCCGCCUCUCUUAAUGGAGGCAGAAAAAUCACCAGGCAGUCCUCGUUCAGAGAUGCCCACCCUCUCCACCCCAAGACAUUGUGGUAGAGAGCCUGGACAUGGACCUAACACUGACAGCUCUAUAUCCACCCCGUCCCCCUCAGCACUUGGCCUAAGUGAUUCGGAUACCACCACUUUGUCGUUCAUGUCAUCUCCAGUCACGCAUGGUGGUUUGAGCAGCCUCUCGGCCACGCCGUCCUCUCUCCCGCCUUCAUCGUUCCUACUGAGGAAAGUCAAAAGUGUUGAUGGCUCUUCACGCAAUCUUAUGGUCAAGGCUGUAGAGAAGUCGUUGUUCUACUGCGAGGAAACCCGAAUGAGUGCAUGCAGCUCCUCAUCCUCUGCUCCUCCACACAGCUCUGACUCCCUUCAGUCAUGUGAAUCCGUGCUCCUGCUUCCUCAAUGUGAACAAGAGAGUGAUGAAGAACGUCUAAUAGGCAAAAGACUGGAUCCAUAUUGUACUUCAACCUCCGUUAAGCAUGAUCUUUUAAAAGAGAGAUCAUCGCUGAGUCUGGACUUUGUUGAAACUGAGUUCAUGCUUCCAAUGAUGCUCUCUCCUGUCUCGUCACCACAAAGACAGUCAUGGUCAAGCCCAGGCUGUUCAGAGGAAGAGGAGAAGCAGGAGGAGAUAAACAAAAACACCUGCAAACACAAAACAUUACUUGGAGGUCACACGCCACAAAUUGCUAACGGCAAUUCUGAAAACUCAAAGGGUUAUCUUGAACAUGGCGUCGAACAAUUGGAAGGAGUCUGGACAAAUCUCAAACCUCAGAGUCCUCCAAGGGAACCUCAGUGUUCUGCCAACAGUGAUGAAGAUGUGAACAACAGUAAUGAAGAUGUGAACGAUGGUGAUGAAGAGGAAAGCCAGGAUGAAACUGACUGCAAAGAUUAUGUGGAACAGGGUAACACAAAAUCUGAACAAGUUCCCUUAGACCCUAAAAUGAAGGCCACCGUUUCCUCAGAUGCUCUGACAGAACCCUGCUCUUCUCCCAGCAGGGAUGAAGUUGAUGGUGGAUGGCCAUGUUUGACAAGAGAGGAGGGCUCAAAUCCACCUGAAAUAGCUGGCAGUGGAAGGGAUGAAACUAAAGCAGAGGCAGCUGGUGAUACUCAGCGGGGCAUUUUGGAUGAGUUCACAGCUUAUGAACAGGAUAUCCUGCUUGUUGAUGUGAUCCAGGAUGACCCAGAGCUGUUUGAAAACCUGCCGCAGGAAAGUUUACUGAAACUCGGCCCCACCAGAGUCACUGAGGCCCCUAAAACCAAAACACUGAUGCAAAGAAUAGAUGGACCAUCGGAGGAGUUUAAACCAAGAUUGACCCGAGUUAAUAUUGAUUUUCACUGUGACAGCCCCGAUAUCAAAGAGGAGAGCCACGACAGACCAUGGAGACCUCAGUGUGGCAGCAACCUUUCCAAAACACAAAGCGUCACGUGGCAUACCACAGAAACAAAGCAAACCAAAGCCAUGGUUCUGUCUGAUGCCAACAACAAUCACAUAAACAACGGCGUGGAAAGGAACCAGCCCAUCCAGACAGUGAACUCCCUCCAUAAUCACAUCUCUCCACUUAUGACCAUAAAAAAUGGCCCAUGGAUCACAAACCCGGCGAACACGGCCGAGUUUAGGCGCCAGAAAUCUAACGUUUACUGCAGGCAGUACUUCAGUGAGUCACUGUCCUGCGGGUUCAAGAUGUGUCGGUUCCAACAUGUGCCCAUGGAGGGAGACGAGAAGUUCUGCGUUGAAACUGUGACCCGGUUAAUCAAAAAUCCAAUGAGCCUUCAAAAAGCUGGAGCCGUGUUUAUAAGCUACUACCAAAACAACCCACCAGGAGUGUAUUUCUCUAUGCCGGUGCUUCUAACACUCCUCUGGUCUCUGCUCAAAGCCGGCAUGGUGUCUGACGUCUUUUCAGUCCUCAUGGUCAGCUUGGCCCACAAGAUAGUGCCUGGCCAUGAGUUCCUGUUAGCUCUCUUUAACCUGGUGAGGGAAAAGGGUCUCAUGGGUUUUGUACCUGAACUCGUGCAGCUCACAUUCAAGAUGGCCAGUGCAGGCCUAGUUCUGAGUUUGGACUUCCUCGACUGUGUAAAAAACACUCCUGAGUUCCAGCAGACGGUCAAUCCAAACUCACUUGUUUCAGCGUCUGGCAACCACAAGGUUUCUACCAGUGCACCCUUUCCAGAGUACCUGAAUUUGGCCCACUCCAUUGUGGAAAUAGAGCUUUGUACAAAGCAAGAGGACUGGAGGCGGAUGGGGGAGGUUUUCAGGUCCAUCUGCCAAUCCAGCCAGCAUCCCAACCAAAUGGAGCGAAUCAGCGGCCGCAUUGCCAUCGCGCUGCUGUCUGAGAGCAAAGACAAGCUGUCACUGCCCUUUGCUGUCUUCGCUGAGACAGUGUGUCAGAAUGACGAUGAGGAGAGCCUGAUCAGGGGGUUUUUAGGCAGAAUCGGAGUCUCUCUCAUGUUAAGAUACCACAAAACACAUCAGUGGGCCAAGGGUCGGAGAGUGGUGGAGGUGCUGUCCCUUUCAAAAAUCAACUACUCAACACUGAAGGGUUUGUUUGGGAAUGAGGACGGAGCGUCACGCUGUCGCCUGGUCACUGUGGCCACUGAGCUCUGCCUCCUGAGUGGCAGCGUGGAGGGAGCUCUAAACACACUCCGAGAAAACCAAUGGUUCCUGAGUUCGAGCUUGUGGCCGUGUGAGCCCGCUGACCUGGAAAGUAGGACUCGUGUGUUGACACGUCUAGCUGAGAAAACCUCUCACAGAGACACACUGGACGUCCUCUGUAAUCUCCCCGGACUCAAAGAGCCAAACGACUCAGUCAAUGUCUCCAGGUACUGUCUUCUGUUUAACACUCACCUGCAAGUGUGUGUGGACAGGCAGACACUUCCUGUAGCUUCAGACACCGUAGACUUCAUGCUCUCUAAAAAACUGGCAGUGGACCACAGUCUGCUGCAGAUACUUUUACACAAACUGGGCAAGCAAAACCUCUGGCUCCGGGCGCGGGAAGUAUUCAGACACUCUCUGAGCGUGGGGUACUACUCAGGUGUCUCUGCUCCGGCUGGUUUCAUGGGGCUCAUCGUCCCCUCUCAGCUGAGGGAGGUGGAGCUGGCUCUCGCUUUUGAGAUGUUCAUCACUGUCAACGCAACAGCCAUCCUCCACUUUUCAGAGACAGCCACUUCCUGCCUCAGCAUCACUCUCAAAAGGACUCAAAGCUGUGAGAGCGAGUACCUCUCAGCUGGUAGCCGCCUCCUCUCUGCAGCUUGUAUCCCUCAACCCAAACUAAUUGUUCACUACAAAGCCGUUAACUCCUCGCGGGAGCAAGUGUUCACCCUCGACAUUUCCUCAGCUCGAUGCUGGCUCCGCCACAAUCAUUUGUGGGCCAACGAGAUGUGGAUGCACUGAUCGGAACUGCAGUCCCCGAUGUACUUAACUUUCCUUUCACAUGAAACUACUUUUUUCACAAGAGACGUCUCUGGAUGAAAAAACAACCAAUGAAAUCAGGAAAAAUUAAACUCACUCAUUUCUGUUGGCUCUACGUUUGUAACACUCAUGGUCAUAUUUAGACUGACGCCAGAACUGUUUAAAAAAGCUAACAUCUUAUUUUUGUUCACAUUUGUUUUAAAAUGUUACGUGAUUUUUUUCCUUGUUGUUUCUUGAGGAGUUCUUUUAGCUGUUUUGUCUUUCAUUAUUGUCACUCAGUGUUUGUGUGGUUUGGUCUGUUGGGGAACAAAGUCCAGCAUAAUUUUGUGGAGUUAUUCGAUUUAGUUUCUAAAUGUAAAUAACCUUUUUGUGUAUAUAGGUCUAUAUUUAUAAUGGUGUUUAGUCUUUGACAGUAUUAUGUUACCGUACUGAUUGUCAAAACCUCAAUUGUUGCUAGUUCAAGAGCUGUGAUUUUCUUUUGUAUGAAGUUUUUAUAAAAAAAGGAAGUUCUGCUCCAAAAAGUUUGACCCUGUAGUGUUUCUUUACAGAAUGAAAAUAAAUCCUAAAGUAGGUGGUUAAAAUCUCA